AUGGCGGAGAGCGCGACUUCGGACGGCAAGCAAGCGACGGCACCAGCUCAAGGCAUGGCGCCCCCCGGCAGCGCGCCACCUCCGACACAGCAGCGCACCGGCGACGCCCCUGCGAGCACCGCACCAGCAGGCGGUGGCAGCGGUCAGACGGGUAACUCCGCGUCCGGCGACACUUCGACGGGCAGCACCACGACGGGCGCGACCAAGCGCGUCUCCUUCUCCAACGCCACCGGCAAGACCUCCGACGCGAACAUGCGCGAGGCCGAUGGCAACGCCUCGGCUGAUGCUGCAACCCAGGAAACUGGUGACGCGAACUCAGAGUUCAAGGCUCCAGACGCGGGCGGUGCGGCUUCGGACGUGAACAUGGAGGGCGCCCCUGAGUUCAAGUUACCACGACACGCGACGCUAGAGGACGUCAGGGGACUCAUCUUUGCAGGCAUGCUUCGGCAGGAGGAGGUCGAUCCCCCUGACUCCCUGGUCCCUGAACGCCCCCCCCCCCCGCACUGGAAACUGCCGGCUCCGCCGAAUCUAAAGACCAACGCGUAUCUCGUGGGGGUCCCAGGGAUCGUGAAUGACAUUCGCGUGGGCGCGUUCGCCAUGGAAGGCUACGGCGGCGCGACCACGUUAG